AUGGCCGCGGGCGAAAUGGAUGAUCCGCAGCCACUCCCGGAGCCUUCCACCGCAUCCUCGCUAUCUGGUGCAGAUGUUUAUCCGGAGGACAAGCGACCCGGCGACUGCUGCUUCAGCUGCGGCGGUGGGGACACUCUCGGCCUGCGCCAGUGGUUCGGUGCGGCCUUAGCCGUCCUGUUCGGGAUCGGCUUUGCGGUCGGAGAGACCAAGACCAACUUACCCGAGGCACAGUACAGGACCCUUGCCGUGACAAGCGUGGUGGCGACGUUGUGGAUUUGCGAGGUACUUCCCAUUCCCAUCACUGGCAUGUUGGUGGGUCCUCUUCUCUACCUCUCUGGCGUCUGCUCCCUGGAGGAUGCCCUCAGCCCGUACAUGAGCAACCUCACACUGGUCCUCUUCGGCAGCUCCAUGAUUGCCUUGGCCAUGGAGCGGCAUGGAUUGGACUUCCGCUUCGCAGACGCCGUGGCCUCCUGCAGAUGGGUGGGGAAAUCACCGACUCGACUCCGUGGAGCGAUAAUGGUGGCUGGCUGCCUGCUUUCCAUGUGGAUCACCAACACAGGAGCAACCUACAUCCUCACCCCCAUCGUCAUGAGAUCGAUGGGUGCGACACGCGGCAGGCCGCUCCAUAGCAUCCGUGCGCAGCAGACGCUGACGGGGAGCCUCCUGUCCGUGGCGUAUGCCUGCAACUGCGGUGGCAUGGGAACGAUGGUUGGCACUCCUUCGAACCUGGUGGUCACGAGAUACCUCGCCGAAGAAGGAGUUCAUAUUGGAUUCGUUAGCUGGCUGACCUUCGGUGUGCCGGCGGCCCUGCUUGUAACCGCCGUGUGCUAUGGGUCAUUGUUCUUAUGCUAUCGCCCGCAGACCGCUGCUAAUGUGGAGGUGCUGCACAGCUCGCACCCCGUGGCGUGGACGCGCGGGGAGAAGGCGGUUCUGGGAAGCUUUCUGCUCACCCUCGGGCUGUGGAUCAUCCCAUCCAUCUACAGCCUCGCUGGUGGACCCGGCCACCAG